UUAAAUUCACUGGUAUUUCAAAUUUAUUCUACUUACUAUAAAAUGGUGGCAGCUAUUUUUGUUAAAUCAUUAGAUUUAAAAGAACGUGAUUUAAUACGAUAAUGUAGCUGAGAAGCAAACUGUGUAGUUGAUGAGUCAAAAUGAUCCCGAUAUGCAUUCGCGCACCGCGCUCGAUCCAAGGCUCCACUGAUGACGUCACAAGACAGACCCGUUCCAUCCUGCAGAUCUACACAGAUUGGGCGAACCAUUACUUGGAACGGGCACGGUCGCGACGCCGUGCUGGCACCACUGGAGGCGGGCUGGCUCGUGACUGCGCGGAUGGUCUCCUCCUAGCAGACGUGCUCGAAGGGGUCACCGGCCUGAAAGUUCCUCGUGCCCAUCGCAAACCUAGGAAUCCACAACAAAUG